AUGAACGCUGCCAUUUUGAAACGGCAGUGCUUUUUGUUCGUGUGGAGCGUUAGCUCGUUGCAGCGAUAAGACUGUGUUAUAGCAAAGUUUAGUUUUAAUUUUUAAGAACUUAAUCAAAAUGAGCUGGCAAGAUUAUGUUGACAAACAGUUAAUUGCAUCCAGAUGUGUUUCUAAGGCUGCAAUUGCCGGUCACGACGGAAAUGUCUGGGCCAAGUCUGAAGGCUUUGAUAUUUCAAAAGACGAAGUUGCAAAAAUCGCAGCUGGUUACGAAAAUGAAUCACUCCUUACAAGUGGCGGCGUGACGAUAGCGGGUACGCGGUACAUCUACCUCAGUGGCACAGACCGUAUCAUACGCGCAAAGCUUGGCAAGGUCGGAGUGCACUGCAUGAAGACACAGCAAGCAAUCGUUAUAUCUCUCUAUGAAGAACCCAUUCAACCCCAACAAGCCGCAUCUGUAGUCGAGAAGUUAGGAGACUAUUUACUUACCUGUGGUUAUUAAAGAUCGAAGCGCGCCGUGAUCUAAGAAUACGAUAAGAUAAUAUUUUUUCCACAGGGAAAUAAGUAACUGCAUUUUGUAUAUUCUAUAAAGUGAUAAGAAUCGUUCAUUUGUUUUGAUAUUCGAUAAAUUAUGGCGUCAUCAGUGUCUGAUGUGCUUAGUAACUGUGUGCAGAUACAAUUACUUUGCGGAUUCUGGACCCUUUUUUUUACACGCUCACCGCUUCCACAGAGUAAUUGUGACUGUGCGUAGUUUAAAUUUAUAUUUUAAAAUUGCUUUUAUUCGACCUAUGCUGUAAAGACUGGCGUCUUUGCUAGUAGCCGGUCCCAAAGUAUGAUGUAUAGAGAUUUUUUAUUUCUUUUCAAGCAAUCUGUCGUUAACAGCUGUUAUAUCUAACAGAUUCGUAUUAAUUAAUACCUUCAAGAUCCGCAAUUUUUCUACGACAUAGCAAAGUCAAAUGAAGUAAAUUUUUUGUGUGCAGAUGCUUGGCAAGAAAACACUAUAACCACGUAAUGAAAUUACUGUAACGAUAUACAACAAUUAUUAUAUAUGUAACUACAAAUAGGCGUUUGUGUAAGGGCUUGUUAUGAAAUGAAAGACACUGUAACCCAAGUAAAUAAUACCUUUUUAAUGAAAAAUCUCUAGUCCCACUGGAACCAUCGUGUGAAAAAUAUAACAUCCAAUGUAAUGCGUCGCGCCUAACGCACGCCAAAUGUUUGCUAUGCUUCUUUUUUUCAUUAUUCCGCAUUUAUAAUAUUAUGUAGUGAAACAUAAACCAUUUGCAUUCUGUUUUCUCUUAGCUGCAGUAACUAGAAGCGCUCAAUUAUUAUUAUUAACCUUUAUCCUCAAACAAGGCUUGCAGUAAACGAAGGGUGCAUAUUGUUUAUAUUUGAUAUUACUACUAUAGCUUUGUACAUUGUUUCUGAUAAGCGAUGGGAACUGUGUCUAUCUAAUAAUAAAAUGAUUUGUAUUAUAUAA